AUGGCGGGAGAUAUACCAGAAGGAUCCGGCAAGAAAAGCGAUGAGGGAAUUGAUACCACUUCGCUAUUCUACAUUCAUCCAUCGGAUUAUCCCAAACAAGUUCAAGAGCUGACAAAUUUUCUCUUGGCGAAAAACAAGAUUGGAUUAAUAGAUGGAACGGUAAAGAAGCCUAAGUCAACAUCACCCACGUACAAGGCAUGGGUUCGAGCCGAUGCUAUGAUAAAAGGGUGGUUAACCACAGCGAUGGAGAGGGAGAUAAGAACAAGUGUUCGAUAUGCGAACACCUCCUCUGAGAUCUGGCCAUACCUUGAAGAGCGAUUCGAAAAAGAAGGUGUAACUCGUGCUUACGAGUUAAAGAAAACACUCUAUGUAACGAGACACGAUGGGAGCUCUGUGUCGAAUUACUACACUAAACUAAGAUCAAUUUGGGAUGAAUUGCAGAUGGUACUUCCCACGCCACGAUUCACCUAUGAAGGUUGUAAUUCUGGAAUUUCAAAACAACUGAAUGAGUUGAGAGAGAAGGAAAGGACUUACGAGUUCUUGAUGGGUUUGGACAAAGAUUUCGCAGUCAUCAGAACACAAGUACUUGCUAUGAAGCUGACACCCUCCAUCGGAACGGUUUACCAUUUGUUAGCAGAAGACGAGUAG